AUGCGUUCAACGCUGGACAGCAAGCAAACGCUGCAAUACUCUGCACUGAUUUCGCAGCUUGCAGCAAAGGCACGAAGCGUUGUCCGAGAACUUGAUCCGCAGAACGACCUGACAUUUUUGAGGAUUCGUUCCAAGAAGCAUGAGAUCAUGGUAGCGCCCGAUCGGGAUUACAUCCUCAUCGUGAUCCAAGACCCCAAUGCUGACCAGGGAAGUUAG